AUGCAGCAGAUUGCUAGCUACACCAGCUUCUCGCUUAGUACUGGCGAAGCUGAGAAAAACGCAGAUGAUGCAAAGGCAAAGAAAGACGAGCCCUGCAAGCUUGGCACCUUGAUGGGAGUCUAUCUUCCUUGUGUUCAAAAUAUCUUUGGCGUUAUUCUCUUCAUCCGUAUGCCCUGGAUCGUCGGUCUCGCUGGUAUCUGGGAAGGCCUUGGCUUGAUUUUCUUCUGCUGCUUGACAACUAUGCUCACUGCUAUCUCAAUGAGUGCGAUUGCAACAAACGGACGAGUACCUGCUGGUGGAAGUUACUACAUGAUUUCGCGAUCACUCGGACCUGGAUGGGGCGCGGCGGUUGGAAUGAUGUUCUACUUUGGAACCACCAUUGCAGCUGCUAUGUACAUCAUUGGCUCGAUCGAAAUUGUGACACUUUACAUGGGCGUUCUCAGAAUAUUCGACAUCGAAGGCGGCUCCUUCAUUGGCGCUUUUGGCAUCUCCGGCAUGUACGAUAAUUUCCGAAUUUGGGGAACGAUUCUCCUUAUCAUCAUGUGUCUCAUCGUUUUGGCCGGUAUGAAAUAUGUAAACAAGUCGGCCAUGCCAUUCUUGAUCUGCGUUAUCGUUUCAAUUCUCGCUCUUUUCGUCGGAUUCUUUGCCUCGGCUGCCGGUCCCAAUGCUGACACUGUCAUGUGCAUGGUUGGAGAUACUGUUGCUAAGCGACCACGAGAUGGUUUGUGCUACAAGUUCCUCGAAGACAUGCCAAAUUUCAAUGAAGCCAACUUCUAUGACACAGCAACUGACUGUACGAACACAAACGAGAUCUGCUCUCCGACCGUCCUCUCAACCGUUCUUGGUAGCGCCGACACUCAUUUUUACCAAGCCAAGUGCCACUACCACGGCAAUCAAUGGAAAUGCAAGACUCCUACUGAACUUUUCAAGAAUUUCUGCAAAGCCGCCGCUGAGGAAGACUUCGACAUGGCAACUUUUGAUCCCCAGGACCCUUUCGCUGGUUGCCGAUAUGAAUCCCUUCUUGCUGCACCGGUUUGGAAUAGACAUGGUGUUCCUGGUCUUGCUCGAAAGAUUUCUGGUGAUGUUUAUUCCGAAGAAACCUGGAACUGGCAGCCGGAGCAUUACCGAGAAGACAAGGGUCGAAUUAACAUUCCACAGCUUCUUACAGACCAGCGUAAUGAUACCAACAAUGUCAUUCACUGCACAAAUUAUGAAUUUAUCGACUUUCCUGAUCGAUACAGGAACAACCAUCAGCAUCAGUGGAAUUGCAAAGACGACGCUUGGACAGAUAUUUUCGACAACAAGAAUGCUUGUGAGGGUCUUGAUGAAACUAACACUGAAACACCUUUCCCAUACGUUACAUCAACUCCAACUUCUGGUGCCGGAUUCACCACUACUAUGGUCCUCAUCGGUGUCUUCUUCCCUUCAGUCACCGGAAUCAUGGCAGGAUCAAACAGAUCAGGCGACUUGGCAAACGGUUCAAAAUCCAUUCCCAUUGGAACUACUGGAGCUAUCUUAACAACUGGCAUCGCUUACCUUGCUAGCGCUCUUCUUAUCGGUCUUACAUCUGAUGGUGCCCUCAUGCGAGACAAAUUUGGUGAUUCUUUGUACAACGGGAAUGGAAAUCAGAUUCUUAUGAAUGCUUCGGUUACCUGGCCACACCCUUGGGUUAUGCUGAUCGGAUCAUUAUUGUCUUCGAUUGGGGCAGGUCUUCAAUCCCUUACUGGUGCUCCUCGUCUUCUUCAGGCGAUUGCUAAGGACGAUGUUAUUCCAAAAUUCGAAGUUUUUGCUAAAGGACGCGGUGAACUCAACGAGCCAACUAUCGCCAUCAUUCCAACAUUCAUUAUUUGCUUGGCCUGCAUUUGGAUCGGUGAAAUUGAAGCUAUCACUCCUAUCCUCUCGAUUUUCUUCCUUAUGUGCUACCUUUUCGUCAACCUCUCUACGACUGUUAACAGCUUGAUGAAUUUGCCUAUGUGGAGACCAACAUUCAAGUACUAUCAUUGGACCGUUUCUCUUCUCGGCUGCCUUUGCUGCCUAACGAUGAUGUUCAUUACCAACUGGGCCGCCGCCACGUCGAUUCUGAUCCUAGCCUGUGCCAUUUACAUUUGUGUCACGGUUUUCGGUGGCCAAAAAGAGUGGGGAGACUCCAUCACCGGCAUGUACACCACUGAUUACUCGUUUUUCUACAACACUGCCCGUCACGCAGCCCAAACAGAUUGCGCCUUGAUUGUCUCCAAGAACAUCGACGAGUUCCCAGGGCAGAAGGACGUUAUGCAAGGAAACAUCGACGUCUGGUGGAUCAGACAAGACGGAGGAAUGAGCCUGCUCCUUGCCUCGCUGAUCAGACGUGUCCCAACGUGGAAAAAGACCAAGUUGCGUGUAUACGUUACUGCUGAUCCUUCCGACAAUUCCGAAGCUAUGCGAAAGGCGCUUGUCGAGUACCUUUCCGAUAUGCGAAUUAGCGCAGAUGUGAACAUCGUCGAAGUCGAGAGCGAAGACACGGAUGCUUACGCUACUCCCGAAGGCACAACAAGAACUGACGAUAGCAAAGAUCUCGAUCAUGUGCAAAAAGCCUCCUUCGAUGGUCUACCAACUUCGUCCUCCUCUGGUACAUGGUCCGGCAAUCAAGGCAAACCGAAGCCACGAGCCACGGUCAUGAGAAAAAUCCACGAAGCGUCUGGACUGAAUCGCCUGAUCAAUCAGUACUCCGGUGAAUCCGACCUCGUCUUCAUCAACAUGCCUCCCUUCCCAGUCGAGCACAACGAAGAGCGAGAGCGAAACUACAUGCGCUUCAUUGAAUCGUUGACAAGAAACAUUCCCCGAACCAUUCUCGUCCGAACAACUGGCAAAGAAGUCAUCACCGCUUUCAACUAA